UCCUUUGAUUGAGUCCCCAGUUCUUUCUUGAACUAGAAAAAUAUUAUAGCGCCCUCAUGGUGACAGCUGUCAAGCCAAGAAAGUCUAAACCACUACCACUGGUUGACUUGUUUCGAAAGACAAAGAAUGAUUCGUUCAAUGAAGGACCGUCAUUAGGUUCUGGGGUGCAGAAUCUACCACAUUCUUCACUUGACAUGGGGGGCUUCGAACCUUAUACUCCCAACACUGCAACCCUUGUCAACUCCCUUAUUCGUAGUAAAAGUCGAUCAAGGAACGGUCAAGAUAUUGAAUCCGAAACUUUAUUUUCUCCUACCACGGCCAAACCUGAGCCUGCUUAUACUACAGCUGCCCCAUCCAGGUCGCGGUCCUUGAGUCGAGAUACUCGCACCACAGAUACGGUUCGAACACGUUCUUCCUCUCGAUCUCGCUCCUAUUCCGUUGGAGAACAAUCCUUUAUCGACACACAUAAUUUACCCCCCGUUCCGUCCAUUCCGCCAGAACAUCAAUUAGCGACCAAAUUAUCAAAAGCUAGCAUAAAUAGUUCAAAUUUAUCAUCGCCUCGGAGCCCAAAAUAUGCGAGUGACAUGGAUCGACGUCCCAAGUAUAGCCAUGAACAAGAAAGGAAUGACUUUACCAUACAACAUUCCGAGCCCCUUGGACGAUCGAAAUCGCAGGCACCGUCGAGAAGCCGUUCUUAUGGUUCAAAAGACACAUGUCCACCCACUCCUGUAUCUCCUGUCCCUACAUCUCCGCUUCAUUCUCGUCGCAUGAGAGCCUGCACCAUGUCCUCUCAAUCUUCGUCAGACGAAGAAGAUAACAUACCAUUGGCUGCCACCAAUAUUGCUCCGCCCUGGUUACAGAACCGCCGAUUAUCUAUGGGCACGGGUCUUCACGUCAAUCUUGAUCGGUCGAUCAUUCAUUCAUCCCUUUUGGACGAUGACGAGGAAGAAGAUGAUGAAGACCAUAUUCCCAUUGCUAUUCUUAGUCCCAUACGAGGUGAAUUUAUGACAGCAGCUGACAAAUACAAGGAAAAGGUACGCGAGCGCAUGUUCAAAGACCAGGCCAGCAGUGAGUCUUCCGAUGAACAGGAAGACGACAAUAUCCCCAUUCAACAGAUAAUACAACAAAGAAAACAACGGCGUUCCAGUGACGAUAGCCCAAGUUCAGAACGUCGUGGAAGAUCAAGAAACCCUUCUCGUAUCACAGCGUCUGAGAAGAGAGCUCGCAGUCGAGCUGAAAAGGACCAUAAUAUACCGCCAGUUCCAAGUCUUCCUCCCAUAUAUAACAUCUCCUAAUUGUAACUGAUUCGCAACCUGGCAAGCAAGCACUUGUUGCUUUGUAUAUAAUUUUCAUUCUCAAAGAAGUCUUCAGAAAUGUUACCCCUUGCAUGGCGGUGACUGAUUAAAUUUUCCUAUAUUUGAACCA